AAACUACUUUCCAUAUGUUUUUAGUAAGUUUUUGACUCCUGUUAUUGAUAUAGUUUACAUGUGACUUUUAGAAAACUUAAGACUGUUUAAAGCUUUUUCUUACUCAUAAUUUUGUCUGCUGCUGAAGCUAUUAUUUCAAGGUUUGUUUUCCUCAUGCAGUGGUCAUCCCCACCAGAAGCUAUUGAACGCUUUAAAUCUCAAGAAAUCUGGCUCGCUCCACCUCAGUUCUAUGAAUUAUGUAGGCUGUGCAACUUCUCCUCGCUGAAUGAUUUACACAAGUUCAACUCUGAUCGAGCUUUAGAAGGAUGCGAACGUUGGCUGCCUGUGACAUUAACUGCUGCAGAUGGCUUCAUUCAGCUCUUACCAGGUGAUGAGUUAUACCCUGAAGACCCAGAUUAUACAGGCGAAAAGAAAAUAACUUUGUCAACAGAUAAGACAGUUGAAGAUCUCAUGAAAGAGGGUAGUAUAUUUCACAGGAUAGUAAUAAAAAAUACCAAUACUCUUGCUGUCUAUGUUAAUAUUCAAGCAAAAUAUAAACAUAUGAAUCCAUUGAUGAUAAACACUGAUAGUUCAAGCUACAAUAGCAGAUUAUAAUGUAUUUGAUUUAAAGUUGGAGUAUGUUUGAUUACAUGCAUAUUCACUGUGUUUCUUAUCAUUUCUAACAGCUUCCAAGUAUUCAGGCCAGUAGACUUAAAUAUUCCUUGCCAAAGCAUUUCAUAUGAUUGUAGGUUUUAGAUUUGUAUAUCUAAUUCUUUGAGUCUUUGAAAUUGCAUAGUUGUGCCAGUUGUGACCUUCAGAAGCUACUGAAAAUUUAACACAAUCACCAAUUGAAUUAUCUGGAGAAACUUGAAAGUGAUUUGAUACCAAUUAUACUGAGCAAUUACCAACUUAUUCUACUUACAUAUUAGUAGUGGUAUUCCAGCUGGUCUGUUGAGUCACAGAGGUCCUUUUCUCCCUGAAAAUUAAAGUGUAUCAUAUGUUCAAAACAAGUAUGCUUUGAGUUGAAGAAUUAUUUUACCAUUCUUCUAAAGUUGCGUGUUAGACAGUUGUAACAUAUGUCUACAAAUGAACGAAUCUCCUGCUCCAUUCCUAUUGAACACAUUUCAUAUUUUGGAAAAACUGUGUAUGUGCGUAUAUAUAGAUUUGUUAGCUAACGUUAAAUUUUUUACUGAGAGGGUGGUGAGGCACUGGCACAGCUGCCCAGAGAAACUAUGGGUGCCCCAGCCCUGGAGGUGCUCAAACCUGAGCUGGUGGGGACGGCCCUGCCCAUGACAAGGGGAUGGAACUGGAUGGGCUUUAAGGUCCCUUCCAACCCAAGCCUUUCUAUGAUUCUAAGAAAUAUUUAUUACAAACAGCAUUUGUAUUUGAUAAAAUGAAAUAAUUUAUGUUAAUGAUAACUUAUGCAAAACAUCACAAUUUUCAAAAGUAGAGAUAACUUAGACAAACUAUCAUCUAUCAGAUUGAGUACAAACAUUCUUCUUAUUCAUUCUAACCUUUACCUUCAAGUUACUAGUAAUUUUAAAAGAAAAAUGAAUUUUCAGCUCAAAAAGAUUUCAGAAACUUCAGGAAAUAAUGUACUGCCUUGAAAACAACUACUUCCACAUUUCAGCAUCCCACAUAAUGCUUCUUAACAUGUCUUUGAGAUUUAAAGACUUCAGAGGAAGGUCAGCUACUCUUUGAUCUUUUAUUUGAGGGCAGGAAGCAGUAAGUGGAGUAUAUGGAGCUGUGAUGUGAUAUCUUCUUCAUCUGGAAGAAUGACUUGCAAUGAGACAGUAAAGCUGUUCUGAAAGCUUUGUUUCAACGUUUGUUCUGUAUUUCAAUUAAAAUAAAAUUUUCUGCAGUAUUUUCAUUAUA